AAAAGGGGUACUGCAUGCGUGGUGAUUUGUGUCCCUAUGACCAUGGAAAUGACCCAGUUGUCUUGGAGGACGUAGCAUUAUCCCGUGUGCUGGCAUUUGGUCCCAACCACCCACCAUCCCAUCCAUUGGUACCACCAGGCACUGGACCUCCUACUCCGUUAAAUCCUCCCGGUGGUUCGCAGCCACCAGCUGCAGCAGAAGUCACAGAAGGACUGGUGGAACAUGGCCCAACUCCAGGGAUUCCACUAGAACCCCCACCACACCACAUGCCACAUCCAGUACCACAUCCUCAUAUGAGGGGACCACACAGUGGAAAUAUGGAAUACAAUCCAGAUGCUCCAAGCAUGGAACCAAGGAUGUGGGGCCGUCCACCAUUCCGUAGUGGGCCUGGAGGCAUGUAUAGAUAUACAUAA